UCUUAAGAUGCGAUCCCAAUUCGUCCUGGCCUUUGGUCUUGUGGCUCUCGUGGCGGCUGCCUAUGCCGCAGGUACCACAAGUUCAGGUUCCGAUUCGAGCUCCUCAACUUCAACUCCUUCGAGUUCGUCGACAACUUCAGAUCCUUCGUCUUCCUCGUCAACUUCCACACCCUCGUCUUCCUCGUCCACGUCCACUCCCUCGUCUUCCUCGUCAACUUCCACUCCUUCCAGUUCGAGUUCGACUUCAACUCCUUCGAGUUCGACUUCAACACCUUCGAGCUCGACUUCAACUCCUUCGAGUUCGACUUCAACGCCCUCGACCUCUUCGACCACACCGACUACGUCCACCUCGCCCACCACCUCUUCGACCUCCACUCCCACCGACUCCACCUCGUCGUCCUCGGACUCCAGUAAGAAGUCGGCGGCCGCCAAGCGGCGGGCCAGGCGUCAGCGGGAGAAGCGCCGUGAGAGGCGCGAGAAGCGCGAGAAGCGUCGCGAAAGGAGGCAACGCCAGCGCCUGCGCAACCGUCGCGGUUGA